GAGUGCUGUUCUCAUUAUAAUUUAAAAAUCAUAAAUAAAUUAAAAAAUAUUCAAAAAAAAGAAGAAGAGGAAGAAGAAGAGGAGAAAAGUAAAAGUAAGAAGCGUCAAACGAAGGCCAGUGUGUUCAAAAUUCAAAAAUCGCUUUUAUGUUUUUUUGUGUGUCGUUGAACGAUAGACGCAGCUUACUGAGAAACGCUCUGUUUUUGUUUCUUUGAAAUGCCAGAGGUUUUGAUGGGUUUCCAUGGAACUUUGGCAUUAGACAAUUCAUUAGGUUUGAGUUUUCUGUCAUUGCCUUGUAGGAAUUGCAUUCAACAAUUUGAGACAAUGACUUAAUGGGUUUUGGAGUUUUGGAUUAUUUGUAUCUGGGAAUUUUAGGAAACCAUAACUUCGACAACAACGGUAAGAUGGUUUCAGCUGGUAAUGUCGGAAGAUCAGCAGAGCUUUCGCGAGAAUUAUGGUCCAUUAAGGAGACACAUGAUGGUCAUAAUGCUAAUAAUCAGAUUUCUCUAUCUGCAUCAACAUCAAGGAAGGGUUUGCUAGGAGAGAGUGAUCCUCAGAGCGGACUUGUGGGUAUCAAAACAACUCUUCCCGGUAAAUUAAGGAUCCUAAAUUUUGGUUCUGCUGGUGGAUUGGCUUCUCCAUCGGGUAAAUUUCGACAGAUAGCCGAAGAAAGGGAUGAAAUCUCAAAAUCCGUGCCUUCUUCUACUGGCCAAGGUCUGCGAGAACGUUUCAAUGGUGUUUUUUCUCAGAAAAUUGAUUGGGCUUCCCUAUGGAAAACUGGCAAAGAAUGGAUAAAAAACCCUUUGAACAUGGCGCUUUUUUUAUGGAUAACUUGUGUUACUGUCUCGGGUGCAAUCCUCUUUUUGGUAAUGACAGGAAUGCUAGAUGGUGUUCUGCCAAAGAAAUCUCAAAGAAACACGUGGUUUGAGAUCAAUAAUCAAAUCAUCAACGCUCUCUUUACACUUAUGAGUUUGUACCAACACCCGAAGCGUUUCCACCAUCUUGUACUCUUGUGCAGAUGGAAGCCCAAGGAUAUCUCCCAGCUUAGAAGUAUAUACUGCAAGAAUGGCACUUACAAACCCAAUGAAUGGACCCACAUGACGGUUGUCAUUGUUCUUCUCCAUGUGAAUUGCUUUGCUCAAUAUGCUUUGUGUGGUCUUAACUUGGGAUAUAAACGAUCUGAACGCCCCGCUAUAGGAGUCGGUGUGUGCCUCUCUGUUGCAAUUGCAGCUCCAGCAAUUGCCGGUUUGUACUCCAUCCUUAGCCCCCUCGGAAGAGAGUAUGACUUGGAAGUUGAUGAAGAAGCUCAAGAUCAAGUUCUCACUGUUCGCAAUAGCUGGCCUAGUGUAAAGGUUAAGUCUAUGGAGAGGAGAUUCUCAUUUGCAUCAAGAAACAACCAGAGAAUUGUUGAGAACAAACCUGUUUGGAGAGGUGGGAUAUUCGAUAUCUGGGAAGAUAUUAAUCUAGCAUGUCUCUCUAUUUUCUGUAGUUUUUGUGUGUUUGGGUGGAAUAUGGAGAGACUUGGAUUUGGCAACAUGUAUGUUCAUAUCGCAACUUUCCUACUCUUUUGCACGGCUCCUUUCUGGAUAUUUAACUUAGCUGCCAUUAACAUUGAUAACGAGACUGUCAGGGAGGUUUUGGGGAUAACUGGAAUUGUGCUUUGUGUGUUUGGUGUACUCUACGGUGGCUUUUGGAGGAUCCAAAUGAGAAAGAGAUUCAACUUGCCUGCGAAUAACUUGUGUUGUGGAAAACCAGCAAUUGGUGAUUGUGCACACUGGUUGUUUUGUUGUUGUUGUUCUCUAGCUCAGGAAGUUCGAACUGCAGAUUUCUAUGAUAUUGUUGAAGAUAAAUUUUGCAGAAAGCAGAUGGGUGAGAAUGAGCCCCCAAUGUCCCCUUUGCCUCAUGAAAAUGGAUUGUAUCAAUUUACAUCUGAUCCAAGUUCUCCAUCUUGGAAUAGCCCGAGGCUGUACAAGUUUAAAGCAGAAGAUUCUCAUGGUCCGAGCAGAUUUUCAAGAAACAAAAGCGGAACAGAUAAAGAGCCUCCCGAGGAUAACAGUAUGAAGCCACCCAUUCCAUCAUUCAUUCAGAGAGAAGAUAUUAUCAGUUAGAAAACUUGAAGACGGUCAAAUGCGUUUGACCACUUUGAAGGAUACCAAGAGCCGUAGCGUUUUAUAGUGUGUGGUAAUAUAUGUAAUAUUAUAAAUCAUCUUUUUCCGCAUCUGUAUGCUUUUAUAUUCUUUGUAGUUUGUUACCUUGAUGGUUCCAUUUCUUCUAUUUGAUGCGAUUGUCCCGUAUUCAUUUUAGGUAAAUUCUUUUUAUCGACUGAACACUGUUGUACUCUAGUAUAGAUCAAUACCUAUUUAUAUAUAUAGUAUGCAUCUGAAUUUGAUCA